AUGUCUUUGUUCCUCUCAGCUGCACCGUCUGGAGUGUUGAUCGAACACAAACGGACCAGAGGCUCCACUGUGCUUGCAGGGGCAUCGGGGAUGAAAAAGAAGUGUAUGUCGUAUUGCGAUAACUACCUCACAGCGUCUGAGAAACCGGUAGUCGUGAGUGGAGCGUCGUGGAUGAAAAAGAAGUGUAAGUCGUAUUGCGACGAUUACUUGACGGUGAGCGAGAAACCGGUAGUUGUGAGCGGCGCGUCAUGGAAGAAGAAGAAGAAAUACGACGACGACGAUUAUUUGACGGUGAGCAAGAAGCCGGUAGUCGUGAGUGGCGCAUCGUGGAAGAAGAAGAAGAAAUACGACGACGACGACGAUUACUUGACGGUGAGCAAGAAGCCGGUAGUCGUGAGUGGCGCAUCGUGGAAGAAGAAGAAGCAUUACGACGAUGACGAUUACUUGACGGUGAGCGAGAAACCGGUUGUCUUUGGUGGCGAAUCCUGGAAGAAGCAUAAACCGGAUUGGGAUGAUGACUAUUAG